CUUUCACACCUUCCUUUCAUCUUUUUGACAAAAUUGCCUCCCUUCCUCCCUCUAUUCUUCCUCAACCAACUAUCCCCCAAUUAAUUAAUAGAAAAUAAAAAGAAAUGCAAGAUCUAUCUUGUAUAAUUAUGCUGGUUUUGUUGGCAGCAGCAGUAGUGGUAUGGCCAGCAUAUGGAAAUAAUGGUGCAGAAGUGAGUGUUCUUAUGGAGAUGAAGGCAUCUCUAGACCCGGAAAACAAGCAUCUGACAUCAUGGACCGAAACCGGGGACCCUUGCAGCAGUGAGUCGUUCACGGGUGUGGCUUGUAAUGAGUAUCUAAAAGUGGCUAACAUCUCGCUGCAGGGCAAAGGCCUGACUGGGAAGAUACCUCCGGCUAUUUCUGGUCUCAAGUGCCUGUCGGGUUUAUACCUUCAUUACAACUUUCUGACAGGAGGCAUCCCAAAGGAAAUUUCCACUCUCUCCGAGCUUUCGGAAAUGUAUCUCAACGUUAACAAUCUCACCGGAGAAAUUCCCAGGGAGAUUGGCAACAUGAGUAGCCUACAAGUUAUGGACUUGUGUUGCAACGAUCUGAAUGGAAGCAUACCAUCGGAGGUCGGGAGUUUAAACAAGUUGAGCGUCGUAGGUCUGCAACACAACCGAUUGACGGGUCCAAUCCCCUACACCCUUGGGGGGUUGGCCAUGUUGAAAAGGCUGGACCUCAGCUAUAACCACCUCCUCGGUCCCAUUCCUAAUAACAUUCCCACCCUCCACCAAUUGGAAUUCUUUGAUGUUCAAAACAACACCCUCUCGGGCUCUGUUCCAACCGCUUUGAAGCGAUUGAACACCGGGUUCAACUACAAGAACAAUCCUGAUCUAUGUGGUGCAGCAUUUCCUUCACUCAGACCAUGUACCGCCCUCGACGCUGCAAUGAUCAACUAUCCCCAGCAGCAGCAACCAUUCAGAAACAACAUACCCCAGUCAGCUAACAUUACGCCCCCCCACUGCCACCAACUCCACUGCACCAAAUCAUCCAAUCUCAAACGUGUAGGCAUCAUAACAGCCCUAGUCACAGUCAUCGCAGCUUUAACUGUGACCACGUUUGUUGCAAUUUUCGUCCACCGAAGGCGCAAACAGAAAAUCUGGAGCAAGUCCGAGACUCCCGAUCACAGGUUUAGCAUGCAACACGGAUCCUCCCCCCGUAAAAGCAUUGGCGAUUACUCUUGCGCUUGGGACCCCACACAAAAAUCGCCAUCUUGCAGGAUUUGUGUGGAAUUUGAGGACUCGGAAUCAACCUCGCUACAGAAAUUCAACAUGGAGGAAAUCGAGUCGGCUACUAAUUACUUCUGUGAUGCGAGCUUGCUGGGCAGGAGCAAGUUCUCUGCUGUGUACAAAGGGGCUCUACGAGACAGAUCGGUUGUCGCUAUAAAGAGCGUCAGUGUCACAAGCUGUAAAGCCGAUGAAGCAGAGUUUACCAAAGGGCUGAGCUUGUUAACCUCUUUAAAGCAUGAAAACUUAGCCAGGCUUAGAGGGUUUUGUUGCUCAAAAUCAAGAGGCGAAUGCUAUCUGGUAUACGAUUUUGCAUCAAGAGGGAACCUGUCGGACUAUCUUGAUGUUGAAGAUGAUGAUGGAAGCCGCCGCCGCCAUAUCCUUGACUGGCCCACAAGGGUUUCCAUCAUCAAUGGCAUAGCAAAAGGUCUUGCAUACCUACACCAAAGUGAGGGGGAGAAGCCCACGAUAGUUCACCGUAACAUAUCAAUGGAUAAGAUCCUCAUCGACCAACAAUACAACCCGUUGAUCACAGAUGCGGGCCUCCUAAAGCUUCUAGCCGAUGACAUUGUGUUUUCUGCACUAAAAGUGAGUGCAGCUUUAGGCUACAUGGCUCCAGAGUAUAUUACAACAGGCAAGUUCACAGAAAAGAGUGAUGUUUAUGCUUUUGGGGUUGUAAUUCUUCAGAUCCUUUCGGGUAAAAGUAAUCUGACAGGGUCAAUCAAAUCAGCUGCUACAGAUGGAAGGUUUAAAGAUUUUAUUGACAAAAAUCUCGAGGGAAAGUUUUCAUUAGUAGAAGCCGAAAAGCUGACAAAGUUGGGGCUGAUUUGUGUGGAUGAGGCUCCUGAGAAUAGGCUAACAAUGGAAGCUGCGGUUCGAGAACUAACAUAUACGUUUUAGUCAUACAUGUUGAUUUUUGUAUCCAAAUUAAAAACUUCUCAAUCUUUUUUUCAGAAUUUAAA